CCCGUGUACCUUACUAGACUAAUACAGAUGGCCUCACUAUGGAUGGGAGAUGUGCCACCUAUGGCUACAGAAGACACUAUCAUGGCGGCAUUUGCCAGUCAUCACGAACAACCAUUGGCUGUCAAAAUGGGCCGCAACUUAGUAUCAUCUGGAAAUGGAUACUGCUUUGUUACGUUUCCGAAUUCGGACCAUGCAGAAAAGGUGCUAAUGAAUUUGAAUGGAAAACCUAUUCUGAAUGUACCUGGCAUGCACCGUUUCAAGCUAAACUACGCGGCCCACAAAGCAGGCAAUCAGCAACGCACACCUUUCCCAAACAUGGGAGGGGCGGCGGGCUACGGCCAGGGCGGUUUCCAGUCUCGAUCCAGCAGCAGAACUAACCACUCAGUCUACGUAGGCAAUUUGGCUCAGAACAUCAGCAACAAGGCGCUAUUCGACCUCUUCUCAACAAAGUGUCCGGAGACGAUAGUGUCGGCUCACACGUACUUGGACCAGCAAGGCACGAAGAGAUUCGGAUUUGUGAACUUCAGCGAUGAGUCAGAAAUAGAGAAGGCACUGACUCUGGAUGGCACGGAGUACCUGUCUUGUGGGGAGGGGGUUCCAAUCAGAGUGAACAAGACCAAUGACAGGAACAAGUCAUCAGGAGCAGGAUACACUUCGGGAGCACCGCAUCAAUCACAGCAACAGUACUACCAAGGAGGAGCCUCAGACUAUUCCUCUCAAGUGUCAGCCGCAGCUGCGAUGGGAGACUACUCGGCACAACUGGCGGCAGCAGCCUACGCAUUCGACCCCAACUCAUGGUACAGUCCAGCUGUUCAGGCUGCCAGUGCUUACAACAUGUACUACCAGAAUCCGGCUUGGGCAGCUGCCGCAAUGCAACAACAGGGUGCGUACGCCGGAGGUGUGGCCGCCCCCACCGCCUAUCCUCACCAUGGUGCUUACACGGCCGCCAAUGGCGCCGCCAACCCAGCUGCGGCGGCGGUCGUCUCGGGUGCUGCGGGGGCCUAUCACGGUGCUGCUUCUCACGGUGCAUUACAGUCUGCGGCUGCUGCUCAAGGCCAGCACCUUCAGCCACAGGUGAACGGCGGAAUGGCCUCGGUGGCCCAGAGUGCAGUCGCAUCUUCAGCUGGGGGUCAAAUCUCCCAACAGGCGAAUGGCGACACCAAUGGAGUCGAUCAACAGCAACAUCAGUCAGCGGGGGAGUUGGUUCCAAGUGAUGUUCAGAGACAAGCACAAGCACAGGAGGAGACCCAAUUCUACAUGAACAGGCAAGCGAUGGGACGUGACGAGAUGACCUACGAGUACCUGGAAAGGUGUCGGUGGAUGACAGAGCAGAUGGGAGGCACAACAGGGAAUCUUCUCGCGAUGCCAUACGGAAGUGUGUUCUAAUUGAACAACCGAUAAACACAGACAGAAACAGAGAAAAACAGACGAGAAAAGAAAAUAAUAAAAACGAAUGAAGGCAUCAAAGAGGUUUAUAACUGCAAAGAAGUAAUAAAUAUAAAACAGAAAAACUGAAUUGGUUCAAAAACAGAUUUGUAUAAUGACAGAAUUGCACGUGGAAGAGACUGAGAAAACUGACGGAAAAA